AUGGAGUAUCAGAACAUUUCUAACAACUCUCUGUUUGUCCGUACCUCAGCAGUAGCAUCCAGCACUGUUCUUGGAUUGUGCUGUGCGCUGGGUGUACCCGGUAAUGUAGCGGCGCUGGUCAUGCUCGCCCAGCAUUUAAAGGAUGACAGUUUCACCCCAAAACUGAUGCUGAGUCUGGCUGUCUCGGAUCUAUUGAGUCUGAUAUUUCUGCCUGUGUGGAUUGAUGCCCUUCUGAACGGCUGGGUUUUUGGCCAAGGUCUGUGUAAGUUAUUUUCCUAUGUAGUGUACUGGAGCCUCUACAGUAGUGUGCUUUCUGUCACCUUGUUGAGUGUGCAAAGGUACCUGCAGGUGCUGUAUCCACAGAGAUGGGCCAAGCUCGGGCAGAAGGGACAAAAGUGGCUGAUUUUUGGAAUAUGGACAUUAAGUGGAGCUCUGGGUUCUUAUGCUCUUUAUUACAGAAACGUGAAGCAGAAGGCUGGGCUUCUACGCUGUUAUCAGGAUUAUAAGAAUAAACAAGAAAAAAUAGUCAUCUUACUUGUCGAAACUCUAGUGAUGUUUUUUGUGCCUGUCUUCAGCCUGUUGUGUUUCUACCAUCGACUUCACCAACGGAUAAAUCAGUCAGUUUCCUUCAGAAGCCACAGGCUGACAAAACUGUCUGUCAGGAUCGUAGUGGCCUUCUUCAUAUUUGGGACCCCCGCUAUGAUCAACAACUUGGUCUCUAUGGCAAUGCCAUGGGAAUCAGAUGGCAGCAACAAUAUAACUGGCGCUCUUUUCUUUAUUAACAGUUGUGUGAACCCCUUUCUUUAUGCCUUCUCAGCUCGAACGCUGCGAUGCAGAAGAAAACAGCAUUCAGAUCAGCCACAAGAAAAUCUGAAUGAAAGCUGAAGCUUUUCUGUUGGUAUACUUCUGUCUAAUAUUAUUUGUUUGCUUUUGAAGUGUGCUUAAAGGUAAGCGCAUAUUACAUUUUUCAUCAUAUCCCAUUUAUGUUUCCUCAGCUGAAUAGAAUACUCCUCCAUUCCCAAAAUAUUAAAAUUAUCAAGUAAGAAUUCCCGAAACAGUACUAUGGAAACCAACCUUCUGCUUUUUGUAUUUUCUUUGUCUUAUAUGUUAAGGCUGUAAAAUGAGCAAUUUAAAUAAGCUUUCAAUUUUCCUCUUCAAAAGUGGUAAGCAAUGUGGUAAUGAUGAGGCAGAUAAACCACACUUGCUCUACUGACUGCAGUUUUCAAAGUUUCUCUGAAAACACAAGGAACUUAAAGCCCUACACAAAGAAAAAGGAUGCCAACAAAGACUUCUUCU